AUCCACAGGGCUCUCCUGCACCUCCUCCAUCCCUGGCCGAGCCUCGGGGCCUCUCCUGGCCCCGCUGCAGCUCCGGGCGCUCCCCGGUGCCGCUCCCGCCUCUCCCGGUGCCGCUCCCGGUGCGGCGGCGGGCGGGGGGCGGUCGCUGUGGCAACGCGCGUGCGGCGCAGGGGCGGGAGGGCUGCUCGGCGCGGGGAUGGCUCCCGGCGGACGGGCAGCGCUGCCUGCGGGCCAUGGGCUCCCCUGAAGAGGGAACGGCCGAGCCCCAGCGCCCAGGGGGAUGUGGAGCCACCGAGGCAGCGGAGCCUGUGACUGACACAGCCCCAGCCCGCGGCUGAAUGGAAAGACUGCAGAAGCAGCCUCUGACCUCCCCUGGGAGCGUCUGCUCUUCCCGCGGAUCCAGCGUUCCCGGCUCUCCCUCCAGCAUCGUGGCCAAAAUGGACAACGAGGUCCUGGGCUACAAGGACCUGGCUGCCAUCCCCAAGGACAAAGCCAUCCUGGACAUCGAACGGCCCGACCUGAUGAUCUACGAGCCGCACUUCACCUACUCGCUGAUGGAGCACGUGGAGCUGCCCCGCAGCCGGGAGCGCUCCCUGUCUCCCAAAUCCAUGUCGCCUCCUCCGUCUCCAGAGGUGAUCCGGGAGUGGCUGGAGAGCCGCCCCCCCAGCAGCGCCCCGGUGCCCCCCUCGCGCCAGGGCCCCGCGCCCACCCGCAGCAGCGUCCAGCACUUCCACCGCCCCGAGACCGACACCACAGAGCUCAACAUUUACAAGAAGCCCCCGAUCUACCGGCAGAAAGACCACCAUUCCAGUGCCCACCACGGGAAGCAUCUCAUCGAGGACCUGAUCAUCGAAUCCUCCAAAUUCCCGGCGGCGCAGCCCCCGGACCCCAACCAGCCCGCCAAGAUCGAGACCGACUACUGGCCCUGCCCGCCCUCGCUGGCCGUCGUGGAGACGGAGUGGAGGAGGCGGAUGGCGUCCAAGAGAGGCGAGGAGGAGGAUGAGGAUCUGACCGAGGAGAUGAAGAACCUGCGGGAGCUCCAGAGGCAGGAGCUGAGCAAGGUCACCUCCAACCUCGGGAAGCUGAUCCUGAAGGAGGAGAUGGAGAAGUCGCUCCCGAUCCGGAGGAAAACUCGCUCGCUGCCGGACCGGACGCCUUUCCACACGUCCCUCCACACGAGCUCCAAGAGCUCCUCCCUCCCCGCCUCCGGCCGGAGCACCCUCACCCGGCUGCAGUCAGCAGAGUUCGGCUCGGCAGGGAGCGAGAAGGGGAGCCCUGCCCUGCAGAACGGCCAGCGCGGGCGGAUGGACAGAGGGAACUCCCUGCCCAGCAUGCUGGAGCAGAAGAUUUACCCCUACGAGAUGCUGAUGGUGACGAACCGAGGCCGAGUGAAGCUCCCGCCCGGCGUGGACAGGACCAGGCUGGAGCGCCACCUGUCCCCCGAGGAUUUCCUCAAGGUGUUCGAGAUGUCGCCGGAGGAGUUCGGCAAGCUGGCGCUGUGGAAGCGCAACGAGCUGAAGAAGAAAGCCUUCCUCUUCUGAGCCCUCCUCCUCCUCCUCGGGCCAGCUCCGUCCGUGUCGCGCCGUGGAAUCGCUUCAGGGCUCCCCAGCCGGUUUUUAUUGGGGUCCCCCCACAGCUCCUCCUCCAGCCCCCCAAAUCUGCGCCCCCCAAAAUCUGUGCCCCCUGCCUCAAUCCUGGGGGUUUAGGGGGCAUCGAACCUGCCUGGCACGGGGGAAUGGGGGGAUUGAACCCGCCUGGCAUGGGGAGAAGGUGGGGUCGAACCUGCCUGGCACGGGUUGGGGACUGGGGGGCUCCAACCUGCCUGGCACAGGGGAAUGGGGGGGAUUGAACCUGCCUGGCAUGGGGAGAUGGGGGCAUCGAACCUGCCUGGCAUGAAUGGGUCUGGGGACAUUGAACCUGCCUGGCAUGGGGAGCUGGGGGGGCACAAACUUGCCUGGCAUGGGGAGAUGGGGGCAU